UAUAUCACAAAAAUAAACAAAUUUUAUUGUAAAUUUCCUCAAAGUCAUGACUUAUGAGUAGAUGUUGGCUAACUUGCUAUUUUACGCGGCAACAUGGUAACAAGACGCUAAAGCAUUAGAUUGCCUGCCGCCACAAUUCCUGCCUGCGAAGUCGUAGAGCAUUUUGUUGCUAUCCUUUAAUAUUAUUUGAAACAAAAUGAGUAAAGGGAAGGAAUUGAGUCCUACAGUUGCAGAGGCACAAGAAGAAUUCAGUGUUGAAAAAGUUUUGGACAGAAGAGUGGUUAAAGGAAAGGUUGAAUACUUUCUAAAAUGGAAAGGAUAUACUAAUGAUGAUAACACAUGGGAACCAGAAGAAAAUCUAGAUUGUCCAGAUUUAAUUGCACAGUUUGAAGAACAGCGAAAAAAGAAGGAAGCUGCUAUAACUGCCAAGCGGCACGAGGAUAAAGAACAAAAGAAACGAAAGAGCUCAAGCACUCCUACACCCAUUCCAGCUAAGAAGAAACCAAACGAAGAAAAGAAAGCUGAAGGCUUUGACAGAAAUUUAGAACCCGAACGAAUUAUUGGAGCAACAGAUUCAAGUGGUGAACUUAUGUUUUUAAUGAAAUGGAAGGGCACAGAUGAUGCAGAUUUAGUCCCUGCUCGAAUUGCCAAUGAAAAAUGUCCACAAAUUGUGAUAAAGUUCUACGAGGAACGUCUAACAUGGCAUAGUCCUACUCAUGAUGAAGAAAGCUCAGUAAAAGCUGAUCCAGAGUAGCGUCUACCACCCUUUCGAUACACGUACACUGCACGCUUUAGAAUUUGCCGCAUAUAAAGAGAAAUAGCGUGUACAUAAUGAGAUUUCAAUUCUUUAUUGUUGCACAGUAAUCAUAAUGAGGAUAUAACUUUUUUUUACAAACAGUGGCAACCUAUACUUGAACAAAUAGGCAAGUUUCAUUUCAUACCUGUCUCAUUAUUAAUAAGAUAUAAUUACCCUUAUUACACACUUACAUAAAAAUGUGCACUUACAACUUCUUUUGCAACUGGUACAUUUCUUUUAGAACUAGAUACACAUACAGCUUGCAAUGUCUGUUCAUAAUAUAAAAUGGAUGUAUUUCUAUGACUUUUUCUUUUAUUUUACUAUUCUCCAUGUUACAAUUGUCUUUCUAAUAUUUAGUAAUUAAAUCCAAAUACAUAUGUAUAAAUUGUUUCAGUUGCCAAAGAAAUUGCAAACAACUAUUUCAUUUAAUCCUUUCACUGUGACGGUCCGCUCCGUUAAAGCGUUUCUGCUAAACGGGACGCCAAUUCAAAAAAGCCGUAUUCAACAGCGUUAUCAGCGUAAAUCCAAACUAAAAGGGCGACUAUAGCCACCUGUCAUAGCGAAAGGGUUAAAUAGCACACGACAAUGUACAAUACGUACAGAAACAUAAGCGAAAAUGAUUUAUCAAUAAUUUUAAAUAGUGUAAAAACUUUAAUAAUAAAUAAAACUGACUUUCACAUAAGGUAAUACUGGUAACGUCGCAGAACACUGAAUAAUUAAAAUAAAGUCUGUUACUACAUUUUUUAAAUACAUGAAUAUUUAAAUAACAAAAAGUGUUAAGAUUAGUUGUAAUUAAGAUUCUUUCUUUUCAAAUGACUUGCUGUUACGAUGAUAGGUGUAUACCUAAUCAAUUCAUUUUUAUUUGUGGGUUAUUAUAUGAAAAUAAAAAGAUAUUCUAGUAUGUAUAUAUAUAAGUAAUAAUGUACGGUUUAUUUUUUGUAUAAAAUUCCAAUUAAAGUGACGAAUUUCAUUUUUAUAAUUUAUAAAA